UCAACCGACUGAUACAGAAUACCCGAUCGAUAUUUGAAAGAAAAACUGAUGAAUUCACCAGGAAAGAGAAGAAAAACAACAUAUGAAGGACAUUUAAUGUGUUCAAUGAAAUGAAAUGAUGAGGACACGGUGAAUCAACAGGACGCGGCGCGAGGAGGUAUCAACAAUGUCAGCGGCGUUUGUCGAUUAAACUGAAUGGAAAACAACAUUUAAUCGAUAAAAUAAGCAACACACCAAAGGAUUUAGACCUACGGCAAGAUUCUGUGUUGGUAUCGAACAAAAACUACGCGAUAACUCGGAUUUUCACUGGUUUUAAAUUUCCUUUAUUAUUGAAAAAAAAAAAAGAAACAACACCUUUUAACCUGAAAGACCCGAGUCACCGAACAGAACCACAGAGGAACAAGCUAACGUUACCGAGCUGGUGCUGUUAAUACAGGGAGGAAACACCGUGAUUUGAAUAAAUCACAGACGGUGAAAUCAACAGGAGACCGCCUGAACGACGCAGUUUUGUAACGGAAUUCAAAGCUGAGAGAAAAUAUCGGUUUUGAUUUGACAAUCUCCAGGAGGAAAAAGAACCAAAACCAGCUAAUGAAAUGGAGCUCCGAGGCGUGCUGCUCCUCACCGUCCUGCAGUUCUGUUCAGUCGCUCGAUGUGGCUGCGAGCCUCGGCUGGUGAACAUCGGUGCCGUGCUGAGUCAGAAACGCUACGAGCAGGUGUUCAAGGAUGCAGUGAGCCAGGCCAACACUCUCUAUGGAAAAGAGAAGUUCAAGAUGAACGCCAUCUCCGUCACACACAAACCCAACGCCAUCCAGAUGGCUCUCUCUGUCUGCGAGGAUCUCAUCUCUAAUCAGGUUUAUGCGAUCUUGGUCAGCCACCCUCCUCAGUCCAAUGACCACCUGACUCCCACACCUGUGUCCUACACAGCUGGUUUCUACCGGAUCCCUGUCAUCGGCCUUACAACACGAAUGUCCAUCUACUCUGACAAGAGCAUCCAUCUGUCUUUCCUGAGGACAGUGCCUCCAUAUUCCCACCAGGCUCAUGUCUGGUUUGACCUGAUGAGAGAGUUCAGGUGGAACCACAUCAUCCUGAUCGUCAGUGAUGACCACGAAGGCCGAGCUGCUCAGAAGAGGCUGGAGACGCUGCUGGAGGAGAGAGAGACCAAGACUAAAAACAGGAACUAUGAAAACAUCGACCAACAGAACUUUGACUUCAGGAGAACACCCAAGGCGGAGAAGGUGCUGCUCUUUAGCCAGGACACCAACCUGACGUCUCUGCUGCUGGAGGCCAAAGACCUGGAGGCUCGAGUCAUCAUCCUCUCAGCUAGUGAGGAUGAAGCUGCAGCUGUGUACAAAGCUGCCCGUCAGCUCAACAUGACCGGCUCUGGUUAUGUCUGGUUGGUCGGAGAGAGAGAGAUGACAGGCAAAGCUCUAAGUGAAGCCCCAGAUGGCCUGCUUGGCCUCCAGCUAAUUAACGGUAAAAACGAGUCGGCGCACAUUGCGGAUGCCGUGGCGGUGGUGGCUCAGUCCCUGCAGGAGCUGUUCGAGAAGGAGAACAUCACCGAGCCGCCGCGGGGCUGCGUGGGAAACACCAACAUCUGGAGGACCGGGCCACUCUUCAAACGGGUGCUCAUGGCAUCCAAGUACCCUGACGGUCUGACGGGACGGAUUGAGUUUAACGAUGAUGGCGACCGCCGCUUCGCUACGUACAGCAUCUUGAACUACCAACAGAAACCAGGUCGCCUCAUCCAGGUCGGAGUCUUCAACGGAUCACAGGUUGUGAUGAACCCUCAGAGGAAAAUCAUUUGGCCUGGAGGAGAAACAGAGAAACCAGUUGGAUACCAGAUGUCAACUAAGCUGAAGAUUGUGACCAUCCAUCAAGAGCCUUUCGUAUACGUGAAGCCAACAAAGACUGACGGGACGUGUAAAGAGGAGUACACUGUUAAUGGAGUCUUAAUCAAGAAGGUUAUCUGUACUGGACCCAAUGGGACCAUUCCAGGUCAGCCCAUUGUCCCUCAAUGUUGCUAUGGUUUCUGCAUCGACCUGCUCAUCAAACUGGCGAUGAGCAUGAACUUCACCUAUGAGGUUCAUCUGGUAGCUGAUGGAAAAUUUGGCACGCAGGAGCGAGUGAACAACAGCAAUAAGAAGGAGUGGAACGGCAUGAUGGGAGAGCUGCUGGGGGGUCUGGCUGACAUGAUCGUCGCUCCCCUUACCAUUAACAAUGAGCGUGCUCAGUACAUCGAGUUCUCCAAACCCUUUAAAUACCAGGGGCUAACCAUCCUCGUCAAAAAGGAAAUCCCUCGCAGCACCCUGGAUUCAUUCAUGCAGCCGUUCCAGAGCACACUGUGGCUUUUAGUCGGUCUGUCGGUCCACGUGGUGGCAGUGAUGCUUUACCUAUUAGACCGGUUCAGCCCGUUCGGAAGGUUUAAAGUGAAUAGUGAAGAAGAAGAAGAAGACGCCCUCACCCUGUCAUCGGCUAUGUGGUUCUCAUGGGGAGUACUACUGAACUCUGGGAUAGGAGAAGGAGCUCCCAGGAGUUUCUCAGCGAGGAUUCUUGGUAUGGUGUGGGCAGGUUUCGCUAUGAUCAUUGUAGCUUCAUAUACUGCUAACCUAGCAGCCUUCCUUGUGUUGGACCGGCCUGAGGAGCGCAUCACUGGCAUCAAUGACCCCAGGCUUCGGAAUCCAUCAGACAAGUUCAUCUACGCCACAGUGAAGCAGAGCUCGGUUGAUAUUUACUUCAGACGGCAAGUGGAGCUUAGCACUAUGUACCGGCACAUGGAGAAACAUAACUACGAGAGCGCUGCUGAGGCCAUCCAAGCUGUUAGAGACAAUAAGCUUCAUGCAUUUAUCUGGGACAGCGCUGUGCUGGAGUUCGAGGCAUCGCAGAAGUGUGAUUUAGUGACAACAGGAGAGCUUUUCUUCCGCUCUGGAUUCGGGAUUGGGAUGAGGAAAGACAGCCCAUGGAAACAAAAUGUUUCUUUAGCUAUUCUCAGCUCCCACGAGAAUGGCUUCAUGGAGGACUUGGACAAGACAUGGGUACGAUACCAGGAGUGUGACUCCAGGAGCAAUGCCCCUGCCACCCUUACCUUUGAGAACAUGGCAGGUGUGUUCAUGUUGGUAGCUGGUGGCAUCGUUGCGGGGAUAUUCCUCAUCUUCAUCGAGAUCGCUUACAAACGACACAAAGACGCCCGAAGGAAACAGAUGCAGCUCGCCUUCGCUGCUGUGAACGUCUGGAGGAAGAACCUUCAGGAUAGGAAAAGUGGUAGAGCAGAGCCCGAGCCCAAACUGAAAACCUCUUUUAGGUCCAUCACUUCGACCUCCGACCUCAAACGCCGUAGGGCCUCCGGGGACACAACGCCGUAUCCGACUGACAUCACCGGCCAGCUCAACUUAUCAGAUCCCUCCGUCAGCACUGUGGUCUGAGAAAGAGAGGGAGAGAACUUCACUGCUGCUGCUGAGCCUCACAUAGACAAACACUGACCCUCUGGACACACAAACAUGUUACACGCACAUACACCUUAUAUAAACAAACAUCAUGUAAACACACACAGAUGGACGAACUGAACCUCCUGUGAGACAGGAAGGAGCAAAUGAUGGUAACACGCUGUGCCAAUAUGCACACACUCACCCAUACACACACCCACUCAAACACACAAUCUGUUUUUUCAAAAACAACACACACUUUGCACUCACACACACACACACCCACACACACAUACCCGCCUUGCUCUGCUUGUAGCUGUCAGCCCCCUCCAGCCAGAGGGUCUUUUAUUUUGAAAGAACUUUUUCAAAUAUGUUGGUUGAUGUCAACGGCGUUGUACAGUUCUGUUUCCUCCUCAUCACUGAUUGAUCACACCCACUAAUCAAUCAUAACAAUUAGUUUUCUAAACUGGCCGAUCUCACCCAAAAAACUCGAACUCCUAAUAUCAAUGAUCUUUUCUCCGAGCAUAAACAAACUCAUUUGAUUGGUCAGGAACCUGUCGAUGAUCAGGAACUGAUGGAUGGAUUGGAAACCCACAGAUCAAUCUGGAACCCUGUCUGAAUUUCUUGAUCAAACAUUUGUGUCAAUCAGGAACUCGAUGAUUGACUGAGAACUUCUCGAUGUACCUUACACUCAGCGAUUGAUUAGUAAACAGUCAAUCAAGUAGGAACCUGACUGAUUGGGAACCUGUCCAUCUAUAAAGAACCUGCUGAUCGAUCCUGAUCAGGCUGUGAUAGGUAAGCUGAGCCUCUGGGACAGGAAGUACCCUUUACUUAUGAGUGUGGACCUGUUCUGGAUCACUGGAUCAGCCUGUAGGGAUCUGUCAUGGCUUGCUACAGCUAAGGCCCAUGGGUAAUGAAGUCUGUACAAACAUGCUGUGUGGAUUCUGUGGCCUGUCAUGAAGAAACCUGACAGUUUGGUCCAGUGAUUCAAGAAUCUACUGUCUUUGUGUGUUAAGCCUCCAACACCAGAACAAAGCGUCUGUAACUGACUGUCAUUUAGGUGUUUGCAGAUAGAAUGGCGCUUUGUUCUUUAAUACAUUGAUUUUGUGACGUUUCUUAUUACUUUUCUAGUGGGCCAAAUAACGAUCUAAAGGCUGAAUUACAACUGUGAUCUAUAACAAGUCAUUACAAAUUUAAGCAAAGCAAUUAGAUUUACAGUAAUUUGGUGAUUAGAUGUUUUCUGCAGUUAAAUGCCUUUUUAAGAAAGAAAUUAAAGUUGAGUGCCAAGAAUUUUUUUCAAACAUUCAAUAUAAAAUACCAUCUGUCUGGUUUAAAAUAGAUUCAGAGUUACCUCAAAAUCUAUUUUUGUGCUAACCACCAUCUAUAUGCCAGAGACCCUGGCCCAACAUUGACAAAAGAUUGAGUUUUUGUAGGUACUCCUAUCUGUAUUAAAGACUGACACAUACUGGUAUACUAAUCUGAUUUCCAGUAAAAUACAUUUAUUUUUUAACAUAUAGUUUAUGUAUUAUUAGAUCUCUUACCUUCACAGGGCCUACAAACCAGCUUACAGUUACAGGUCAUAUACAUUUGGUAUAAUAUUUCAAAUAUUCAGCCCCACUGGCUGCUUAAAAUUCACAGUUUGUAUCUGCAACAGAUCCUUCUUUAAAUUCCUGGAAGAAAAAUUGAAACAAAACAAAAAUUGCAGAAGCAGAUGGUACUCUGUUUCACCUUUAAUUGGAAAUGUAAACUAUGGAGCUAUCCAGGCUUUCCUUUUUUUAACUUUCAUAAUUAAAGUGAAAUUUUUCCUUCAAGUUUUUAAAAAGAUUUUAGAGUGAUAUAUACAUAUAUAACUCUAAAGUUUGUAUGUUUUUUUCAAAGUCCAUAUCUUCUGGAAAAAGUUUGUUCUUAUUGUAAAUAAUUUUAAGUUCUCAAAUUAACAUAACAAUUUAGAUCAUGACAGAAAAAAUGUCAUGAAAGGAGAUUUGAGCUAUAAUAAACAUACUUUGGGGCAGUUAUCAGUUCCAAUGAUGUCAACACCAGUGACCAACCCAAACAACUGUAACUAAAGCUGUAUGAAAUCUCUAAUGCAUUUAGUUCCACGUGAAUGUAAGUGAUAGUUUUGUGUUGAAGACUUUAGAAGAGGCUUUACACUUGAAGAAUAACUUGUAAAGCGCAGGCAAACACUUUCUGAACCAGAGGCUCCGCCCUCCAUCCUCCCUGACAGUUCAAGGGCAUACUGGGACAUGUAGACACCGCUCCACCUUCCACUGUGUCUCUGCUGAAGAUGUCAGUCUCUGUCUACCUCAACGACACUGUAACUCCCACCUGCCAGAAACUGAUGUCCUGUGAAAACCUCUUGACUCCUCGAAGGCCUUUGCACACAUGCCCGAUGGGGUUCGGAGGUUUUCACGCUGCAGAAGCAAUGUAGCUGCCGUCUUUAAAAGUUUAACUUGUCAUCACCAUUAAUGUUGUUCUUUAGAAAAACACACGUACAUGAAAAAACAAACAAGAGCCAAGCACCUCACUGAGAACCAAGAAACUUCAGGCUGAGUUAUUUUUGAAUAACUCAGGAUUAAUUAUAAGAACUACUCAAGUGUUACAACAGAUACUCACAAAUCCUACGUUCUGCCUUUUUUUUUUAAUCUUGCAGAGACACUAAAAUCCAUACAAGCCAUAAUCAUGAAAACUGAAGCAGAAACAUUAUAAAUAACUGUAAACUAGAAAAAAUGAUGAUUACUCUGGUUAGACAUGUAGUCACCAAUAAUACUAUUUUGAACACGACUUGGACUAUACAAGCAAAAACUCCCACUAAUACAUCAGCUAAUGCCAACAAGUGAAAGGUUACCUGAUAAUGACCAAGGCAAACAUAGCCAGUGCUAAUACUACUGAGCCAGCUAAAGCUAACUGUAAUGGGCUAUUUGCAAAGUUAAGCUUCACUUAGAAAAUUUCUUUGCAUUAAAAAAGACCAACUGAGCUAAUGCUAAUUAUGUGUGUGUAAAGUUGUUUCUUUAAGGAAAAAGGCCCACUGAAGUUGAAUGCACGUAAUGCUAAGAUGGCAGCAAGGGUGAGCAUGCACUUGUUAUAUUAUUUAUCUGGUUUUUUUUUUAUGAACAGCUGGCUAACACUAAUAAAAGCUGUUAGUUCUAUAACUAUGCUCAAUAUUUUAAUGACAUUGACCCCCGGGGAAUGACUAUGUAGCUAAUGCUACUGCUGUUUUAACAGCUUAAGCUAGCAGUAGUAGUGCUUUCCUUUAGCUCAACGUGGAAAACAGCAUUUAUACACAGUGAUAAGUCCAGUUGCCCCCCCUUUGGACUAAGCUUUGGAAGACCACCACAUUUAAUACUAAUACAAUAAAUCUUUUAAUCAUUUCUGAUGUUGUUUGGAAAGUUUUCCAUUUUCUACACAUUAAUAUUCAAUAAGCAUUCAUAAAUUUUAAAAUAUGAAGUCUUAUGACACAUUUUUACAUUUUCAACUAUUUAUCAGCAAAUUUCCAGAAGGACACCUGGCUCAAUGACUCAAAUACAAAGAAAGUACAAACCUUAAGUUUUUGAAAAAAAGAUCAAGCUUAUACAAAAAGUUGUAAAAACUGCAGUUUCUCAGUUUUUCACUUGAGGCAGGCUGCAGAAACACUGCAGUCACGUACAGAUCCCAUGUUGAAAUGCUUAUUUCUACAGCAGGAAUAAACCUGUUAGCCUGAUUCAAACAACCAUUUUGGGUGGAAUACCUCAUGCUUUUGCAGACACGCUACGUUGAGGUUGAAUUUUUAUUUUUAUAACUCAUGCAUUUUAUUUUAAGGAGGAUGUGAGUUAUGCAUAAAUAGGGGUGACUGUGCUGAAAAUCAGCACAGUGUAGCUGUUAGCCAGGAGGCUUAAGGCCUGCCUCAGCUCCAGAUCUUUGUUUCUAGGUUGACUGAAAGUUAGGCUGAGAUUAGACUAUAGUUUACAAUUUCAGUAUGGCAAGUUAUUGGCAUGACAAAAAUCAGUUUGUCAAAACAGUGUACGAAUGUACAACAAUAACAUAGAAAAGGAUUACAAUAGGUAUAUGUAUCAAAAUAUGUUGGAGUUUAACUUUAAAAUUAGGGUUGAAAUAUAUAGAAAUUCUAGACUGAAAAUAAAAUACAAACAUUAUAUCACAAUAUAAUUGUAUGCAGUCCUGUUCAUUGUGGUGCUGGUGUUUGAGGUUCUUUUUGAUCACAACAGCUCACAUGUUGCACUUCCCCGAGCAGAUAUGUUGGUUUCUGUUCAUUGUUCACUCUAGUCAAUUGUUUUUGUUUGCUGGUGAAAACUGGAAAGAACUUGUCUCAAGUGUGUAAAGGACAGGUGGUUAGAAAGUUCAGCUCUGUUUCCACCUCCUGGUGGCUGCAGUAGGUGCACAGUCUAGUCUCUUUACUUUACUGCAGGCCUAAUGCUAGCCAAAGUUACUUAUAGAAGUCUGGCCUUAAAGCCCCUUAAAGCCAAAACACAGGUUUAGUCAUUAUUAAUGCAGUUGUAAUGCCAGAGUAAGAUCAGUAAGCAUGUUUAUUUCCUGUCUCCUGAUGACAAGGCAUGAUCAAUCAGUCAGACUUUAUUCAUAAAGCUCCUUUCAAACAAAUUCAAUUGCAGUGAUUGCAACUGAUUAAUAAAAUGGUAGAAUUAUUUAGAGACUAAAAAAGCCAUUACUACAGUUAAGUGUUUUUGACCCUAAAUCACAGCAGGCUGCCCUCACCCUUAGAUGACACUAACCCUUAGGUUUAGGCUCAAGCAAUAUAUGUCAUAAGACAAAUCCCAUUUUCCAGUCUAUAAACUCUAGGGUAAAGAAUUUUAGGUUUUCAAAGGGAGAUAAAACACUGUAGAAUGAUCUGGAAAACAUAACUGUCAGUAAUGGGUUUUUGGAUAGAUUUUUAUUUUUAAUAAAUACAAUAAUGCAGAUUAAAGUUUUGAGUUUCUUUUAGACCAAAAUAAUAAUUUAAAACACAAAAAUAUGAAAUGUGAUACCAUUCAGGAUGUCUUUAUCUUUAAACAUUUCCAUUUAGGAGCUGAACUUAGACACUCUGAUACACUUUAUUAAAAACUUUAUGAGAUGAGUUCCUUAAACUAGCUGCUGAAUGAGACACUAGCCUCUUCUCAAUCCUUCUAAAGAGGAGAGUUAGACACCUCUGCUUCUCUCAGAUGGUAUUUCUGAUAUUUUACAACUGUAAAGUAAAAUUGUAUUCUUCCAUUCUUUUAGUAGAUCAACAAAUUUUUCCACCCUGGUCUUUGUGGCGUCUCUGCAGGGCAGUAUUCAGAGAAUCACCCCUAUUUUACACUCAGCCUCUUGGCUCUUGAAACAGAUAUUCAAGCCAACAUUGAUCAGAUUUGAGAGUAAAAGUUCUGCGGUCGUAAGGUUGAAGAUUUCUAAACAAAAAGUUUUCUUUGUUCUCAGUGUCGUUUGGCUCAUUUCACUUUACACGUUAAUAUCGAUGCUGUAUAAAAGGGGAGCUGCACCACCAUGAUUCACUUUAAACCUGGAUCACGUCGCAAUGUGUAGCUACUCAUUUCACUGAUUUAUUUCCAUUUUGAAGAUAAAUAGUUAAAUACAGAACUAAACCUAUAGCUGAUGAGUUGAAUGAUCCUGGUUGUUGGAAAGAGCUGUUUAUACUUUAUUUUCAUCUUAUCUUUAUCUAGAUCAGAUUUCAUCUUUAUCUCUAGAAAGUCAAGCAGCAGAAAAAAACAAUCUUUGACUUUAAUCCAGGAAUUAAAAGCAGCAGAACUUUUACCUGAACUUCAAGCUUCACUUUAAAACAACCCUUCUGAUCUUUGCUACGUAUAGUGCCGUGUACAAAGUUUGUAUCCGGUCCGUCUGUGGGCCGGGCUUUCACUCUCAGAGCUGCUUGAAUUUUACUCUGAAACACUUUUACAAAGAAAAUUAUUCUCUUGAACGUAUUUGAAAGUCGUGCCUUGUUGAAAUUUAAGUUUUAAGGUUCAAGAUUUAGCUUUUCUACAUAAGUGGCUCUCACAGAAAGACACUAAUGAAUCAAGACAAAACUUAGACUAGAACAAAGGAAAUUAUAUGACAAGUGUUUUAGAGUAGCACUGAAGGAAGAUAUGAAAAGGAAAUCUAAGAUUUGUAAUAUAUGUAAAAUACACACUUAGUGCAUUAUUGGUGUGAUAGUUUUUGUGCAAUAACUGUAACAAGUAUCGCUAAUAAUGUUACAAAUAGUUGAGCGUAAAUGUAACAGAUGCAGAGUGAUAGAUGAAAUUGUAAGGCUAAUAAUCAAAACUUACACUGUACACCUGUUUAGUGAGCUGUUAACGCUGCUGAGUUUCAGACACUUUCUAGCAUCUGCUUACAGCAACACAAUGCAGUCGUCAGUGAGGACACAACAUGAUGCAGAAGCAGCAAGUCAUCUGGGACACGACUGCAGUCAUGUUUAAAUAUUUAAAGCUGCUAACAGAUGCUAACAGGCUAAUCAGUUUCAUUACUGGAUGUUUGCAGGCCCCCAGAAUAAGGCCUACAUGAGUGAAGCAGCUCACAUGGAGCAUAUUCCUGAACAAAUUUUUCCUUUUAAUUUAGACCUUUUUAGCAAAACAAAUGUCUACAGAGAGGUUAAACAAUAUACAGAUGUAUUAUAUUGUUUUUGUAAAUGAGUUCAGCAGAUAAACUAAAUAAAUCAUCAGUUAUUUUUAAAGUGACUCCAUGUUCGUGCAGUUCACCCUGAUGCUUUUAUUAUGAUGUCAUUAUAUGAUGUCACGACUUUUUCUUGAUUUUUAUUUUACUUAAAGCACUGAUGUAAUUUUUUUGUAAGUUUUUUUCCCCUGCUGUUGUUCAGAGGAUGAUGAUAAUGCUGUCGUCUCACUGUUUGUAUUUAAUCUAUAAUCACGUGUAAACUGAUUUCAAGUCAGCUAUUGUUAAAGAGCUAUGGUCACAUUAAACUGCUGUCAGGUAGAAUGAUGUGCUUCUUUACACACAUGAUAUUUUUGGAAUCAAAGUUUUCAUGUUUCAGUCAUUACACUAAACUGUAGAACAGAAAGUUUGGCUCCCUUCUCCCUACUUGUCUAGGACUAUGAAGGGUCGACCUUUGACCUCUUCAGGUGUCCAUGUGUAGGAUUUUUUAUUUCAUUUUGUUUCAGACUGGUCAUCCAAAAUAAUAUUUUGUAAAAUCUAAAAAGAGGGAGAAAAGUAUUCGAUCAUUUUAAACAGCUUUUAAUGUCUGUCUUACUGGUCCAAUAGAUACAUCGUGGACAAGACAUAAGACUUUGCUGUGAAUUUCCUGCAAACAAUGUCAUGUGGCUAUAAAUAAUGACUUAUAUAACUGUUAGGUGUGACUGAUUUUGCAGAAAUGUAAAACUUGUG